CCCCAGUUAAUAAAAAAAAAAUGUUACAAAAUCAUCGAAAGAGUCAGAUUAGUUAAUCGAAUUUCCUAGCACACAACACAGAUAAAGCUGAAAAUAUAAUAGUUUUCCUCUUGAAAUUCCCAAUCUCUCAGACGUGACAUGUGUUAUCUUGGUUUAUCGUAUAUGCGAAGUUGAUCACGUCUGUGUACUUUUUCCUUGUUCAUUCAAAAUAAAUCGCGCUAACUGAUAUUCCUCCAUUCAACAGUCGAGGUUGGAAGAGGAUGGAUCUCUCUGAAAUUGUUUAAUUAAAUUCAUUAGACAAGAAAACUUUGAAACCUAUUUCUUUAUUUCUUAUCAAAAAUGAACGAAUUACCAAGAUAUUCGUUGAAAGAAGUGGCGAAACACGAUGGAAAAAACGAAGGGAGCCUGUGGAUCAUCAUUAAUGAUAUGGUAUAUGACGUGACCGAUUACAAACAUAAGCAUCCUGGCGGAAAAGAGUUAUUGGAAGAGUAUGCAGGACAAGAUGCAACACGUGCAUUCGACGAAUUUGGACAUUCUUUAGAUGCAAAACGUAUGUUGAAGACGUUGCUUGUGGGUGAAUUAAUGGAGGAAGAUAAAAUAAGUAAUAGAAGGAAAGAGAAUAAGAUCUCCACUAAAAUGGAAACGCAGAGAAACAGGAGAGGGUUUUUAUCAGUAUUAUGUUGCAAAUGUAUAACGUGACACAAGGAAAUAACUGGAAAAAUCCAUUCCUGAUUAAAUUACAUUAAUUUAUUUUAUUCCUUUUUAUACUACCAAUAUACAUAUAGAGCUAAUUAUAAAUUGCUAUGUAGAGAAAGAAUUAUUAUUUUUUUUUAAUUAUCACGUACAAGUUUGUUUAAAAAAAUCGCCUCUUAAAGCUUCUAUUCGAUGCGAAAGUCGAGAGAAUCGAAAGUACAUACGUUGGCAGCAUGCUAAGUGUAUACGAAUAAAAAACAUGAAUCAAUCAAUGAA